AUGCAGCCGGCAAUGAUGAUGUUUUCCAGUAAAUACUGGGCAAGGAGAGGGCUUUCCUUGGAUUCAGCGGUGCCUGAAGAGCAUCAGCUACUUGGCAGCUCAACACUAAAUAAAGCUACCUCUGGCAAAAAUGAAGGCAAGAAUGGCAACCAGGGAGGCAGCAAAAGUGAAACUUCUUCUGAAAGUGGCAAGACAGCAGUCAUAUUCUCCUUGAAAAAUGAAGUCGGUGGAUUGGUAAAAGCACUGAGGCUGUUUCAGGAAAAACAUGUCAACAUGGUUCAUAUCGAAUCCAGGAAAUCCCGUCGAAGCAGCUCUGAGGUUGAAAUCUUCGUGGACUGUGAGUGUGGCAAAACAGAAUUCAAUGAGCUCAUUCAGUUGCUGAAAUUUCAAACCACAAUUGUGACGCUGAAUCCGCCGGAGAACAUUUGGACACAGGAGGAAGAGCUAGAGGAUGCACCCUGGUUCCCCCGGAAGAUCUCUGAGUUAGACAAAUGCUCUCACAGAGUUCUCAUGUAUGGUUCUGAGCUUGAUGCCGACCACCCAGGAUUUAAGGACAAUGUCUAUCGACAGAGAAGAAAGUAUUUUGUGGAUGUGGCCAUGGGUUAUAAAUAUGGCCAACCCAUUCCCAGGGUGGAGUACACAGAAGAAGAAACUAAAACUUGGGGUAUUGUAUUCCGGGAGCUCUCCAAACUCUAUCCCACUCAUGCUUGCCGAGAGUAUUUGAAAAACUUCCCUCUGCUGACUAAAUACUGUGGCUACAGGGAGGACAACGUGCCUCAACUUGAAGAUGUCUCUGUGUUUCUGAAAGAAAGGUCUGGCUUCACUGUGAGGCCGGUGGCUGGAUACCUGAGCCCGCGAGAUUUUCUGGCAGGACUGGCCUACAGAGUGUUCCACUGUACUCAGUACAUCCGGCAUGGCUCAGACCCCCUGUACACCCCAGAACCAGACACAUGCCACGAACUCUUGGGACAUGUUCCACUACUUGCGGAUCCUAAGUUUGCUCAGUUUUCACAAGAAAUAGGUCUGGCGUCUCUGGGAGCAUCAGAUGGAGAUGUUCAGAAACUAGCCACAUGCUAUUUCUUCACCAUUGAGUUUGGCCUUUGCAAGCAAGAAGGGCAACUGCGGGCAUAUGGAGCAGGACUACUUUCCUCCAUUGGGGAAUUACAGCAUGCUCUUUCUGACAAGGCGUGUGUGAAAGCCUUUGACCCAAAGACAACUUGCUUGCAGGAAUGCCUUAUCACCACCUUCCAGGAAGCCUACUUUGUUUCAGAAAGUUUUGAAGAAGCCAAAGAAAAGAUGAGGGACUUUGCCAAGUCAAUUACUCGUCCCUUCUCAGUCUACUUCAAUCCCUACACACAGAGUAUUGAAAUUCUGAAAGACACCAGAAGUAUUGAAAAUGUGGUACAGGACCUCCGCAGCGAUUUGAACACAGUGUGUGAUGCCUUAAACAAAAUGAACCAAUAUCUGGGGAUUUGAUGCCUGGAACCAGUGUUGUUGCCAGCAUGAUCAUUUUUGGCUUAGUGGCAAUUCAGUCAAUGUCAUAGAACACCAAUAAACUUUCUGUGUCAUGGCUUGGUUAGCAAGCACACACUUCUGUAUAUCCUAUACCUACUUGUAACUUACCAUAUUGAUGUGUAAAACACCAUCAGAAACCCAAUGGCAGAUAAACACUCAUUGUAUGAAAGAUUGUGAUAUGUUUAAAUGUCUUAAAUAGAUUUGACAUUCCUGCUUAGCAUCCUUAACCAAACUGCAUCUAUUUAAAAUGUG